UCGAUUCGGCGGUGCGGCGUUUUGUUUACGUCUCUGAUGCGGCCGUUUUUAGAGAUUUAAAUUUUUAUGCCUUGAGAUAAAAAGUACUAUCAUACGUAUACGUGGAAUUCUAUACAAAAAUAGCCAUUUAUCUAUUGCUCUAAUGUGAAGUAUGCUAUGUGUCUACUCGUUUGCAUUGUGAUAGAGGAGGGGGAAAAAAUGAAGUUCACUUUGCAUCUGUUUCGUCAUCUGCCCAUCAAUCGUAGUAUAAGACUCUAAGAAAGUUACUUGAAGCCAAGCCUGUGUUACAGUUUUGAAAAAAAGAUGUUUCUAUGCUCAUAAAUUACUGGAAUUUUAAUUUUCAUUUGAAGUCAAGAGUCAUUAAUCCGGACUCGUCGGGACUUCGGCGAUUCCAGUUAUCGAUUUUUCUGGAUUAUAGAUCAUCAGUUUAAAUCUGAGAAAAUGGCCAGGCAACGAGUUCACGGAAAAGAAAAUAAAUCACAAGGCUUUAGUCGAGAACACAAGAAAUCCUCAUCUGUCCGCUCUGUAAAGCCAGCUGGUCCAUUCCUCGAAAAAUGGAACAACAAAGUUGCAUUAUUUGUUGCUUUGAAUAUUGUGAUUGUUAUUUUAAGCAUUGUAUAUUUUUUUUACCAAAGCUAUUUGGAAAAUAUUGUGAUAACUCCAUUAAAUCUUCCUAAAGUUGUAACAGAGAGUGGUCUAGAUGUUCCAUCAAGAUUUUGGGGUUCAUACCGACCUGGCACUUAUUUUGGUAUGAGAACACGUAGUGCACAAACAGUUUCAACUGGCAUAAUGUGGUUCACACAGAAAGUAAUAAAUAAUAGAAUAGAUAUUCGGCACUGGUGUGAUCAGUGGAACAAUGUGAAACAUUAUAGUUGGUUAGAGCAUGAUGGGGAGAAUUUUGGUAUUCAGAGAAUUGAAGACAAAGAAUAUUUUCUUGUGACAUCAUUUGUAAAGCAGGUUGGUGGAAAGCAUGGUGGAGAUUUUACGGCAAAGAUUUCUGUCCGGCCUAAAGAAGGUAAUUCCUCUCCAGUGCCAGUAUCAUUAAUGUUUUAUGUACAUGCUAAUCCUGAUAGUUUCUUGAAACCAACUGUGGUCCAUGAAGGACAUCUUCGUUCAGUUCAUGGAUAUACAGAUGAACUUGGUAAUUUCACUUUCCAUUUCCGUGAAAUUGAAACCAGUAAGACUAUUCUCAAAUAUAAUUAUCUUGCUGCUGAAGCAUUAAGUUUAUCACAUUUAAAAGAAUUGGUAUUACGCCACCAUGCUCUUUUCCAAGCCAAAGAACGCAUGCAAUUGCAGAUACUUGGUUUAAUAGGAGAGGCAGCAGCUUAUACAAGGAAAAGUGAUAAAGAAUAUAAAGAAAAUUUUUUUGUUUAUCAAGUGACUUUUAUUCCUCCAUUUGAAAUGGAAGUUUAUUUUGAAUCUGCUAGCUUUACUGAUCGACAUUGGAAAUUAGUUGGAUCUUUUUACAACUCGGAGUUGGAUAGGCGCAUGAAAAAUUUUGAAGAAAAGUUUGAAAAUAUUUUUCAGCUUCGUAGCAAAAAUUAUAGUUCUGAAGAUGUAAGAGCUGCUUGGGCAGCUCUGAGCAAUAUGAUUGGAGGCAUUGGCUAUUUUUAUGGUUCCUCUUUAGUGCAAUCUAUUCAUAACAAAGAGCCUGUAAAUUAUUGGAAUGCCCCAUUGUAUACAGCUGUACCCUCACGUUCUUUUUUCCCCCGAGGAUUUUUAUGGGAUGAAGGCUUUCAUAAUCUUUUAAUUUUACAGUGGAAUCCUGAAAUUACUAAAGAUAUUAUAGGGCAUUGGUUAGAUUUGAUGAACGUGGAAGGUUGGAUACCACGAGAGCAAAUAUUGGGCUUAGAAGCUAGAGAACGUGUACCUUCAGAGUUUGUGGUCCAGAAAAAUAUAAAUGCGAAUCCUCCCACAUUUUUCUUAACUCUUGAAAGUCUUUUAUCAAAAAUGAAAAGUGGAAGCAUUCCCAAAGACAUAGAUUACCUGAAAAGGAUCUUACCUCGACUUAAAAUUUGGUUUGAAUGGUAUAACAAAACCCAAAAUGGCAUGAUUCCAGGAACAUACAGGUGGAGAGGACGAGAUCCAAAAACUGAUCUUGAGCUUAAUCCUAAAACAUUAACAUCUGGUUUAGAUGAUUAUCCACGAGCUACUCAUCCAACUAUUGAUGAGAGGCAUGUUGAUUUAAGAUGCUGGAUUGCUUUAGCAGCUGGUGUUUUAGCAGAUAUUUCUGAGUAUGUAGGUGAACCAUCAGAGAAAUAUCGCAAUACUUAUCUUUACUUAUCUGAUAAUAAACUGCUGGAUGAGCUUCACUGGUCUCCAAAUUCUGAAUCAUAUAGUGAUUAUGGUUUCCAUUCAAAAAAUGUUAGACUGGCUCAAGAAAAGUUACCUUAUGUUGCUGGCCAGGAUGCACCUCAAACAAUAACCUAUAGAGUAGUGAAUGAUGACCCUGUUCUUAGGUUCGUUGAUAAUUUUGGUUGUGUAAGUCUGUUUCCAUUUUUAUUGAAAAUAAUUGAUCCAAUCAAUCCUAAGCUGAACAAAGUUCUAAAUGACUUAAAAAAUCCAAGAUUGUUAUGGACAAAUUAUGGUCUAAGAUCUCUUGCCAAGAGUUCGCCAUACUAUAUGAAAUAUAAUACAGAACAUGACCCACCAUACUGGAGAGGUGCAAUAUGGAUUAACAUUAAUUACCUUGCUGUUCGUGCUUUGAAUCAUUAUAGCAAUGUAGAAGGUCCAUAUAAAGAUCAAGCGAAGAAAUUAUAUGAAGAAUUAAAAUUGAAUGUUGUCACCAACAUUUUGAAAGAAUAUAAAAGAACAGGUUUUAUAUGGGAGCAAUAUGAUGAUAAAACUGGGAAAGGAAAAGGUUCUCAUCCUUUUACUGGCUGGUCAGCUUUGUUUGUUUUACUUAUGGGGGAAGUAUUUUAAUCAUGUAUUUUAUUGCCAAUCGUUCAUACCGUGUAUGAGUGUGAUUUAUAUACUUUUCCAACUGAUGGUUGUAUUGUCCAUGAUGUCAUUGUUAAAAUAUUGUUAUUUGUGAAUUUGGUAUCUAUUUCAAUGUAUUUCAGUCAUAUGUAAGGUGAAGUUUUGUUUAUAUAAAUUUGCUUGAUUAUUAAAACUUGUAAACAUUAAAAAAUCCAUUUUAAUGUAUUUGAAAUUCAAACAUAUCAAAUUUCAUUUAUUUUCAGAAUUAUAAAACUAUAAGUAAUUGCUUAUUUUGUGAUAUUCUUUUGACAAAUGAUGUUUUGAUCUGUGUUAAUGGUGCUCUUUUAGGCUUAUUAAUUUAUUAACAAAUGUUUAUCUGAUAAACUGAUGAAUUUAUAUUAGGAAACUUUUAUAUCAUUUAUAAUAAAUAUUUUCUCCUGGUGAAAUGUGUUUAGUUCUGUUUUAUCUUUUUUCCAUUAAUUCAAUUAUUUCCAUAAUUUGUUUUAUUUAUUGUAAAUUAUUGAUGUUAUAAUAAUUAUUUAAAAUAAUUUGUUGUUAACUGAAAUGUUUUGUCAGUAUACUUCUUUCACUGUUUUUUAUGCACAUGAAAUAUUUAAUUUUUAUAGAUGUUGAAAGAUUUUUAAGUGUUGUUGAAUUUUCUCAAUUUUUUAUCACUGUGUAAAAUUAAGUAUUUUAAUUUCAGCUUAACUAAAAGGGAAAAUAUAAUUUAUUACUGGCACUUUGUUUUCUAGUUGAAUUUUUGAUUCAUUUUGUCAACAACUUUUGUUUUACCUUUUUGUAAGAGAAGUGUCUUUUUAUUUUGAUUGAUAAUACAUAUAUCCUUUAUAAUCAGUAUUGUGAAAUCAAAAGAGAAAAAAAUGUUAUAUUUGUAUUGUGUCAUGAUUAGUUUUUAUGAAUGCAAAAUGUGGAAUAAGGGUAGUUUUUCAUACUUUUAGAAAUAUAUUUAUGAAUAUUCUUAUAUAACGAAUAAAUUAAAAGCAAAAUCGAAAAUUUAUUUAGUCUUAAUUUAAUAAUUCAUAUCUGUUUUAAAAAAAUUCUUAUAAGAACAACAAUGGUGAAUAAUAACCUGAGUUAAAAAGAAACUUGAAAUGCAUUGAGCCAUUUUUUUUUAUUUGAAAUAAAUGUUUAGCAAAUGUUCAGUUUUGCAUUUCUUUGUAAUAGGCUUGCGUCUCUUUUACCUAUUUUAAUAAAAUAAGCCUUAAAACUAUUUUGUUUUUUAGAGUUUUUGUAAAGAAUAUGAUAAUAAUUCCACUGUCUGAGGCAAAAAGAGUUGCUAUAAAAUAAGACUACAUUACCUGAUGUUUGAUAUGUGUAUGCCUAUAUUAUUUAUUAUAUAAAUAACAACUGUGCUUUUUUAAAUUAUUGAACAUUGUGCAGUAACAAAUAAAGAUCAAAGUCCUUAAUCAGCUGUAAUAAAUUUAAUUAUGCAUGACAUCAUACUUUUGGCAAUAAGAAAUACUUUAAAUAAACUAAAACCACAUUGUCUUCUUAUGAAGAGUGAAAUUACACUUCUGUAAUCUUCAUAAAAUAGUUGAAGGGCAGCAUUUUAUUUGAUAUUAUUUAGAAUUUCCCAUAUAAAUCUGUUUUCUUUAUUUGCUUUUAUAGGGAACUGCUUCUGUAUUCAUAAUUACAUAAACAUCUUAGAUAAAUAAUAUUUGAAGAAUAUGUUUACUCUAUAUAAUGUAUUUUAAAUUAAUCAACUAUUCAAAACUUUUGAAGCAAUAGUAUAAUUUAAGAAAUUAUUCUCUUUUCUUUCUGUCCUCUUUUCACUGUAUAUAUAGUUUUGCUAUUUUCAUUUCUUGCACAUCCCAUUAGUAACAUGAAAUAAAUUAUAAAAUAUAUCUAGCAUAGCUACAUUACUAAAUUAUGUUUAAAGCUUUGCAGUAUAUUGAAAAUUAGGAUUACAAGUACAACUGUAAUAGAUUUGUUUUUUCACAGAGGGUUGGGGAGGAGAAAUAUAACUCUUGCAUGUCUUUUGGUAUUUAAUUAAAUCUGAUGUAACAAUUAUAACUGGAGUGGGCAUAGUAAAUUUUUGUAUGUUUUUUUUUAAUUGUAUUUUCAUAUUUGAUUUCAGCUAUGUAAAAGAAAUCUAAAUAAAUUUCUUUGGAUUAAAA